GAAAGGGAUUGUAUGGUAGAGUUGAGACCAUACAGAAUAUAAUGGCAUAGGUAGGCUCUGCGACCUGCGGCGACCAUCGGGAAGGGUUACGUUCCCAAAAAGACAACGAAAGCACAGCCAUCGUAAUUAUAUUUACAUUUAAUUUUUAUAUAUACGCACCAAAACAGCUGAUUCGCCGUUCUCAUUCUGCUCUUCCUCUUCGCUUAUGUCUUUAGUGUUUGGCUCGCUGGAAUUCCAUCAUCAAAGGUGGAAUUAGGAAUUCGAAGACAAUAUUCAAGGACUGAUUGAGUGGUUGUGCUAUUUCCUGUUAGCUUAGAUAUAAAGCAGGGAGUAAUCAAUUGAAUCCAAUUGGCCGGAGCCGAUUCGGCGAUCGAGUUCGAUACUUUUAUUCGCUAAAUCAAUGGAGGAUUCUGCUAACAAGGUAGAGGAAGAAGUGAGGAGAUUGGUGGAGCAGGCGAAGGAGUUGCAGGAAUCAGCUGCCUCGUUGAUAUCCAGGUCCUCCAGCGAAGAGCAAUCUCUUCGCCAGAGGGCUCUUUCUCUUGACUCCUCCAUUCGGCGCCUCCGUUCCUCUAUUCAUUCCCUUCUCGCCAACAAGCUUUUGGAUCCCAAGCUCGCUGACAGGCUGGAGGAAGAUUUGCAAAGAGCCAGAUGCAUGGUGGCUGAUGGAGAUGCCGCGGCUUUUCUUCCUGCCAAAACACAGGGACGCUUCCUCAGAAUGUUUUUGGGGCCUAUAAAUGUGCGAGCUUCUCGCAAAGAUGUUCAGCUCAAGGUUAAAGAGGAGUACAACAGUUACAGAGAUAGAACUGCACUUCUGUUCCUUCUUUUUCCAGCAAGCCUUCUUAUUCUAAGAUCUUGGGUAUGGGAUGCGUGCUUGCCAGCAUUUCCAGUUCAGCUCUAUCAAGCAUGGCUCUUGUUCCUUUACACUGGUUUGGCUCUGCGAGAGAACAUAUUGAGAGCAAAUGGAAGUGAUAUUCGACCAUGGUGGAUUUAUCAUCAUUAUUGUGCUAUGAUCAUGGCCCUUGUUAGCCUGACAUGGGAGAUUAAAGGACAGCCAAAUUGUGCUCAAAAGCAGAGAGGAGUUCAACUUUUCCUUCAGUGGGCUAUGAUGCAAGGAAUAGCAAUGCUUCUGCAAAAUAGAUAUCAACGCCAGCGACUAUAUACUCGAAUUGCACUUGGAAAGGCCAAGAGAAUGGAUGUUGUUUGGGGAGAAACAGCUGGAGUUGAUGGGCAGCUGUGGCUUUUAUGUCCUAUACUGUUCAUUCUGCAGGGUUUUGAGGCCUAUGUCGGACUACUAUUACUGAAGACUGCAUUUGUUGGUGUUGUUUCUGAGUGGCAGGUAAUUUUUUGUGGGGUCCUUUUGGUUUUGAUGGCUGUUGGUAACUUCAAAAACACAGUACAGACUCUGAUGGCAAAGUCAAGGUUUAAGGCAAAGAUGAGAAGAACCAAGAGCAAGCAGGACUUGGAUUAGGAUUCCCUAAUUAGGGUUUAGCUUACUGAGUUCUAUAGAAUCUCUUUUCUUAAUGGUUUAUUUUUGUUUUUGCUUGUCUUUUCGGGUUUUGAACAUGUUUAUGAGAGAUGAUGAGAGCAAAGAGAGUUUGUUCGUAAGAUUUUGCUUUUCAACAUAGGUCGAACAUUUAAAUGAAUACACUGAUGACUCGAUAACUGCCACGUUGAAUUUGAGCAGAAAGUAGAAAAACGUGAGGGGUGUGUAGAGAUGUUCUUUUGAUUUAAUUUUUAGGGUGCUAUUUAAGGGGAGUCCUCUUAGAGGUAGGGAGAUGUGAAUAAAAUUGUAAUCCACCUACUACGUAUGUAUGAUUGGUUGAUAAGGCGGGUGGCUACUUGGCUGUGCGCUCAAGCUGUGAGAUUUUUUCUUCUACUAGUCUUUCAUUGGCCGGCAUUGAGCCAAGGACAGUUUAAUA